AUGAAUUCUCAUCAACGACUAUUAUUUAUCAUUUGGUUAUUAUUUCUAUCGAUUGAUAUUAUCUAUGCCGAUAGACGACCGCAUGCAAAACGUGUAACAGCUGAACAUGGCUCUGAUUUAUCUCUUUCGUGUACAUUUCAAGAAGAAGACAGCGACAAAACUCUUGUUCAAUGGCUUUAUCAAAAUUUUACUGAAUCUAAUCUUAGUCAUCGUGCACAUAAAACACAUUGGCGACCAUUAUUUCUCAACGCUCAAUCGUUAACACCGACUGAAACACGUUACAGUAUUCAACAAAAAAUUCAACAAAUUAAUGACACAUCUAUCGCUUAUUCAACAAUAUUAACAUUAUCGAAAGUAAAUGAAUCUGACGAGGGUCUGUACAUGUGUAAAUCACUCUCACCGAAAACUAUACAAAUGGCUUAUCAAGUUCGCGUGAUACAAAGUCUUGAUAUCAGCCCAAAAGAAGUGUUAAUAUCAACGGAUGCAAUUGGUCAAUCGUCUAUUAGUCUAAAUUGUAUAUUAACAGAUAGCCAUAUUGAUCAACGUCCACAUGAUAUUCAUUGGUGGCAUAACAAUAAACGACUGAAUGCAAAUUCGAAUCGACUUACACGUAUUAUAAAGAAUUUUACUCAACAUCAAUUUAUAUCGACAUUAUUCUAUACGGACGAACCAGCUAAUAUGGCUGGAAUUUAUAUAUGUGAAUCAGAUCCAUUAAGAAAAUAUAUUUCAGUUGAAUUAAAAUCAAAUAGAAGUUCAGAUUUAUUCAUCAGUGCAUAUUUAAUGUUGAUCAUAGAAAUUUUCUUAUUGAUAUUUCAACGAUAG